AUGGCGACCACAACAUCGACGCCGGAAGAGGACCAUCACAGCCACGACCACGACCACAGCGACACGGCAUCGCAGAACCAGAAUGCAAGCCGCAGCAGGCGACACAGCGCGCAGGAGCGCGAGAAGCUGAACCGCAACACGCUGAACCAGCGGGCGUCACGAGCGCGGCGCAAGGACUACGUCAACUCGCUGGAGUCCAAGGUGCGCGAGUACGAGACGCAGGGCGUGCAGGCGACGGAGGAGGUGCAGAACGCGGCACGGCGAGUGGCGGAGGAGAACCGCGUUCUGAAGGAGGAGAUGCGCAUGUUGCGGGAGCAUGUGAGGUGUCUGGAGGAGGUUCUGGGGAGGAGAGGGAGGAGUGGUGGUGCGGUCGUGGAAGGGGUGCAGGACGGGGGCAGUGUGGGAGACGCGAGUCGUGUGGGUUCGAAUGCUGAUGUCAAUAUGGAUGAUAUGGGGAGACAGGUGGAGUUGGAUUCUGCGUGGAAGAGACUGCAGCAUGAAGAUCGAAUGCGGCGGCGUGAGCAGUUCGACAUGCAAAUGCAAAUGCAACAGCAGGACCAUCGAUCGGAGCAACCUCGGUGGCGAGACCAGUUGAACCAUUCGCACUCUUCGCUGCUGAAUAUCGAAGAUAUGCCCGGUGAUGCUGCAGCCGUCCAGUACCCAUCUCCACCCGGGGAUGGCGAGGUGAACGGACAAAGACGGCGUCAUCAACACCAUGCAUCGGUCAUCACGGCACGUCACCCUCUCAGACCAGUCGACGACACGGAAUUCCCCCACGCGACCAUCUCUUCAUUCAACGGCUAUUAUGACGCCGAAACCGACGAAGAAGUCGAGCAACACAGCAACGACAACCACAGCCAUGCCCAUCCCCAUACCCACACCCACGGCAGCGAGCAUUCCAGCCACAUCUACUCGCCAUACUCCGACGUAUGGACGCAGCAGAGCUACACUGCCACCGGCCACGCACAGCAUCAAUACAGCCAUUCACAGUCCCAGCACAAAAUCCCAUCGUCCUCCUCCUCGUCGUCGCGCUCGAUGCUCCCCGCCAACACCACACCAUGCGAGGAAGCAGCCUUGAUUAUCGCCAGCAUGCGCGGCAUCGGCCACACGAAUCCGACGUACCAAGCCGACAUCCUCCCGGAGCUUGGCUGUGAUACCACGACCAAUAGAUCUCGUUCCUGCACCGUCGACAAUGCCCGGCUGUUCCGGAUCAUGGACUCGGAUCGCGUGUGA